GGAGGCUCCUCCUCCGGGCCGGCACCGCGAGCAGCACGGCGCUGCGGGAGCCGGGACGCGACCCCACGCGUGCGGUAUAAGGAAAUGCUAGAUCUAGUGAUAUCACCCAGUCUGACUGUAAAUAGAGAGUGCCCUGACAGACUGAAGCUUAACCUUUCUCACAUUUAUGCCACGGCUCCAGAUGACAUAGAAGGCAGCAGCAAGGCAGCACCACAGUGUCCUCUCCAUCUGUACACCACGAAACAUUAUCCCCGUGUAGUGCCCGUGCCCUUCCCCGCCAUGGCAGCCUAUGGACAGGCUCAGUACAGCACAGGUAUCCAGCAGGCUGCUGCCUACACUGCCUAUCCUCCCCCAGGGCAGCCCUACGGAAUCCCCUCCUACAGCAUUAAAACAGAGGACAGCCUGAGCCACUCCCCAGGCCAGGGUGGAUUUCUCAGCUACGGCUCCGGCUUCGGCAGCGCGGCGGGACAGGCGCCCUACUCCUACCAGAUGCACGGCACCACAGGAAUUUACCAGGGAGCCAAUGGCCUGACAAAUUCUGCAGGAUUCAGUGCUGUGCACCAGGAGUAUUCCUCGUACCCCAGCUUCCCUCAGAGCCAGUACUCUCAGUAUUACAGCUCGUCCUACAGCUCCCCGUACGUGUCUACCAACAGCAUCAGCCCCUCGGCCAUCCCCACCUCCACCUUCUCUCUGCAGGAGUCUUCCCACAACAUCACCAGCCAGAGCACAGAAUCCCUCUCUGGGGAAUAUUCAACAACACCAGCCAAAGAUGUAGAGACAGACAGACAUCACAGAGGGUCAGAUGGCAAGGUACGAGCCCGGUCAAAAAGAAGCAGCGAUCCUUCCUCUACUGCUGACAGUGAGAUUGAGCGUGUGUUUGUGUGGGAUUUGGAUGAGACGAUAAUUAUUUUUCACUCCUUACUCACGGGAACCUUUGCAUCCAGAUAUGGGAAGGACACCACAACGUCUGUGCGGAUAGGUCUCAUGAUGGAAGAGAUGAUCUUCAACCUUGCAGAUACACAUCUGUUCUUCAAUGACCUGGAGGAUUGUGACCAGAUCCACAUAGAUGAUGUAUCAUCAGAUGACAAUGGUCAGGAUCUGAGCACGUACAACUUCUCUGCAGAUGGCUUCCACAGCUCCAGUGCCAGUGCAAACCUGUGCCUGGGCUCGGGGGUUCACGGCGGGGUUGACUGGAUGAGGAAACUGGCGUUCCGCUACCGCCGGGUCAAAGAGAUGUACAACACCUACAAGAACAAUGUGGGGGGUUUAAUAGGAGCUCCUAAGAGGGAGACCUGGCUGCAGCUGAGAGCAGAACUGGAAGCUCUGACUGAUCUCUGGCUCACACAUGCUCUGAAGGCGCUGAAUUUGAUACAUUCCCGGCCCAACUGUGUGAAUGUGUUGGUCACCACAACUCAGCUUAUACCAGCUCUGGCUAAAGUGCUUCUCUAUGGCCUAGGCACUGUCUUCCCCAUUGAAAACAUUUACAGUGCAACAAAAACAGGGAAAGAGAGCUGUUUUGAAAGAAUAAUGCAGAGGUUUGGAAGGAAAGCCGUGUACAUUGUAAUAGGAGAUGGUGUUGAAGAGGAACAGGGAGCAAAAAAGCACAACAUGCCCUUCUGGAGAAUCUCUUGUCAUGCUGACCUGGAAGCUCUUCGGCACGCCUUGGAACUUGAAUAUUUGUAGCAGACCCCAACAUCUUAGCACUGGGAGGGCUUCACUCAGACUCUUACAUCAGUUCCACCUAUUCCUCAGUGUUUUCUUAGUAAAAAAAUCCCACAGCAACUGCAGUUUUUCUUUUUUUUGAAGGAGAACCCUUUCAGUGGAAGCCUUUAAGAACUUACAGCCAAAGAAUAUUGUCUCAAGUCCUCCUUCCUUUGGACAGAGGAAAAUCCUCCUGAUCAGUCGCUGGGAUGCUGCAGUUGCUGGCUGAGGUGGAGGCACAGAGCUCUAAUGGCCUUUUUGCCAUCAACAAGGCAAAUGUACAAGUCUGGGUCUCCCUGUCAGCAUUCUUGGUUUUGAAAGGGGAAGAGGACACAGCAAAGAGUCUUCACAAUCCACUACAUCACAAGGACUUUCUGAAAAUAGGAGUGAAACCAUUGAUUUUUUUUUUCUUUGUUACUGUUUUGUUUCUUUUUUUUUUUUUUUUUUUUUUUUUUUUUUAAUUUAUGAACUAAUCUCAUUACUCUGGUAUUAAGCUCUGUACCUGUGGUUUUCAUCUGGCUUUUGGGGGGUGGGGGGUGGGGAAAAUCUUACUGUUCUAAAUUAAUAGUUCAUUUCUCCAGAACAAAUUCUGGGGAGAAUCAUAUUGUGUACAUGAGUAGUAAGGACACGUGGAACUGCUGGUAAGAACUGUAGCUGUGUUUUUGGACUUUACCAAGAUGGUUCAUGGACUGUGCCUGUGUCUACACGGUGCCUUAUGCUGCCAUCUUGGAGCUGAGGAUGGGGAAAAGUACUUUGUGAUGAGUGAAAGGCAUUAAAUAAAAACAUGUUUACAUUUUGUGGGACUGGAUUACCUGCCUUCUCUCCUGCCACUCUUGGAUCUAAAGGUAGGAUGUGGAAUGUGUGCUCCUGUUUCAAGGCUGGCCUGGUAAUCUUGCUGUCUAAAUUCUCUGGGCCUGGAUGGAUCUUAGUUUGGAAAUGGCUGAUUGUUCCCUGCUGUGGCACCAGGUAGGAUCAGAAGGAUCAGAGCCUCUCUGGAAGGAAGCAAGUGCUGCAGCCCUCACCUCUCAAAGGGUUACACAAGUGCCACACACACCUGAGGGAUACUCCUAACCUCUAAAAACAUUUAGAGAAAACAGUUCUAGAUCUGAGAGGGAUUUUCUGCCAAGCUAAAGCAGAAAAUCUGAUCUUAAAUUAAUCCAAGGCAGCUGUGACACAUCAGCAUGACCAAACCCAGCCUUUCAGUACACACUGCUCUCUGGGCGUAGCACAACUCCAUGCAAAAUGUCAAUUUUCUAGCACAG